AUUCAUCUGUACUAGAUGGGAUAGAAGAUCCUAUGCAUAUUUCAUUCAUUAUUAUAUGAUGUGCUCAAGGUGCUCAAAUUCUAUUUUAUUUCACGACGUUUACUGUAAUUGGACUAGUUAAUAACAUGUCUAUAAUUUAAGCUACUUCUCAUAAGUCAUAACAUGUUGCAUGCUAAAUGGUGGACAAGGUGGGAAGGUUCAUGUUCUACAGUCCUUCCGAGACUUUUCUAAAAUAUAGGAUUCAGAGCUAAGGCUGGUUGGUAUAACAGUCAGUUCCAUUGCGCCAGCGCAUGCACACGCAUCCGCGAUCACACACACACACAAACGCACUCAAACGCGCAGUAACAAGACCUGAGAACAUGGGGAGUCAAGAGCACCGCGCCAGCAGCCCCAAGGAGGACCCCCAGCCGCGUGAAUGACCCGCCGGCAGCAUGCGCUUCAGGCCCAACCGAACUGAUUGCCUCUCUCCCAUUAACUGCAGCUGGGGGGAGCUGGAACAUUACUUGACCGACUACUUUAAUGGGAGCGACCGGGAUCCUGUGCACUCCGAAAGCCUUUUCCCGAUCCCCGUACUAAUGGGAAUUACAAUCACCUGUGCGCUCUUGUUCCUGGCGGGAGUUACCGGCAACGUAAUGACUAUAUUGGUCGUGUCUAAGUAUAGAGACAUGAGAACUACCACUAACCUGUACUUAUGUAGCAUGGCGGUCUCAGACUUGUUGAUAUUCCUAUGUAUGCCCCCUGAUCUGUAUCGGUUAUGGAAAUACAGACCAUGGAGAUUUGGAGAUACAUUCUGUAAACUGUUUCAGUUCGUUAGUGAAUGUUGUACUUAUUCAACUAUUUUAAAUAUAACGGCUCUCUCUGUGGAAAGAUAUCUGGCCAUCUGCUUCCCACUCCGCGCCAAACGCUUGGUUACCAAGCGACGCGUCCGUGCGCUCAUCCUCUUUCUCUGGUUGGUGUCACUGCUAAGCGCGGGACCUGUCUUCAUUCUAGUAGGAGUGGAGCACGAAACUGGCCCAGCUGCGGGAAACUCUGUCACUGUGAGUGCUGUUGGGACAGAAAGAGAGAUAGAGAUAGACACCAGUGAGUGUAAAACCACUCAGUACGCCGUUGAGUCCGGGCUUUUAGCCGCAAUGGCUUUGGUUAGCUCUGUGUUUUUCUUCCUACCGGUGUUUUGUUUGACAGUGGUGUACAGUUUAAUUGGACGAAGGUUGUGGAAGAGACGGAGAGAGAACAAUAUUGGAGCCAACGUAGCACACAGGGAUAAAAGCAACAGACAGACUGUGAAGAUGUUGGCUGUUGUGGUUUUUGCGUUCGUCCUGUGCUGGCUCCCGUUCCAUUUGCAGCGUUACCUCAUGUCACAUUCCUCCGAGGGCUCCUCACCUAUUUGGUCUCUCAUCACUCAGUAUUGCUCCCUUGUCUCGACCGUCCUCUUCUACCUUUCCGCUGCCAUCAACCCUGUCCUCUAUAACACCAUGUCUAGGAAGUACCGGUCAGCCGCUGCCCAGCUGUUUGGUCUACAGGAGACCCAACCACCCAGGGGGAGAACAGCCAGCACUGUCAAAGGAGAGAGUUCACCCGCCUGGACAGAAUCCACAGUCAGCCUGUAACUGUGGAGAAUUCGGAGGGUGAAUGGGGCUAGAAAAUAUAAUUUUCGGACUUCGAUCUGUAGUUGUUGUUAACAACCUUUCCGUGUGUUUCUCGUCGGUGUUCUCUGCUUUCUCUGGUUGAUUGAACUCCACGGGCACUAUUGCAGACAAUCAAAGAAUCCUUUGUCCUCAUCAAAAUGAGCAUCGCCUAAUGCAUGAUGUCAAUGGAAAUUGAUUAUUUGUGGACGUUUAUUCAGUCCACCCUGGCCGGAUCAGACAUUCUUUGGCUGCCUCAAGGACUCUAAAAAAGGCUGUUAUUUUUGUGUCACUGCCCACCCAUCAAACACAGACAAAGCUAUUCAAGAAAAUGUUUUAUAACUAUUAAUUCUGUCACCGAAAAGAACAACACUAUAGGCAAAAAUGUGCAUUGUAACAGAUUUUUAAACUAACACAAAUCUUUUUACAAAUCACACCUUACACUCACAAACAUAAACAAAAAGCAGUUAUUCAGCUUGCCUUAUACGUGAACUGUAUUCUGGAUGACAAAGAAAAGCACUGUAGAUUAUGAUGUCUUUCUCUGUACCCCUAUAAGAGGGGGACAGAAAAGGGACGUGUGUGUGUUGAUUGUGUGUAUUUAGUAAUGGGUUGUGUUAGUGUAUGUGUGUUAAUGUUGAAUGACUGGGUGUGUGAGUGUUUAUUCACAUUGUGACUAGGUGAGUCUGAGUGUGUUUGUGUAGCUAUAGGUAACAGUGUUUCUGCUCUGAUCAUGUGUAGUUGGCUAGUUAGACCAUUCGCCUUACACUGUAAAUAGCAGCUUAGCAACCAAUCUCAUCUGUUUCAGGGCUAAGUUCUUUCGAAACUGCAUUGCAAUAUUUAAGCAGUAAUUCAAAUUCCAAUUAUUAAAUAACUUAUGGAUUGUUCUAUAGCAGGCUACUUUAUAAAAAUAUACAACUGCUACCAAAGCCAAUCCCCUUAAAGGUAUGCUUUUGUUUUUCAGAACUAGCAGCGUAUGGGCAAGGAAUGUAUAUUGUUAAUAAAUGAUUACCUGCCUUAGUCUUGGCUUAUACUAUAUGAAAAUACUACACCACCAGUUGCACGUACUCCUGCUUUCUGAAAUGGACAUAAAGCCAUAAAGUAUGGACUACAGAAACCAUCUGCAAAUAUGUAUAGAAUAUUAUCUCUGUAAAUAAAAUGGAUAAAAUAUUUGAAUCUCUAUAACUACAAACAUGGCCUGGGAAAAAAAUACUUUGUACAUUUUACAUGUUUGCUCAGACCAAAUAAAAGAAAUGCUUAAAUAGGUAUUUAUGUUAAUUCUAUGAUCAUAUGUAUUAUGCCUGUAUAUACUGUAUAUUUCAAAAUGACAACAAGACCAUCAUGUAUUUUCAUAUUGAUCCACAGAUUGCCAAUGUAGUCAAAACGCAAUUAAUUCAUAGCAUCAGGUUGCCAUGCCAACUUAUUUUAAACAAA